GUUUCAGUAUUGUUAUUAGGACUGUAUAAAUAUGUACUUGCAGAUGGAGGGAUUCCAGAUGACGGGUAUAUUUUAAAUUUUGAUUCGCCGAUUUACGUUUGUCCAGAUGAAGAGAGCAAUGCCUUCGUGGAUACGUCAGAUGCCGAAGUGAAGCGAUACAACGAAACAACAGCUUACUUGACAGGAUUUAUAAAAUUUAUAAAGGGAAUUGAACCCGCAACUAUGGUAGAAGUUUUAAUAGAAAAGGAUAUUGGGGGUAGUUUUGAAAUGUUUGCUUCACACGAAAUAUGUGACUUAUGUAAGGAAUUGGGAGAUGAAGACAGUCCUUAUGCCGAUUAUCUGAAAUAUUUUGGAUUUCCCGAUCAAUGUCCAUUUUCACCGGAUAAGUUCGCCAUCAAAGAUUUCGUGGCGAACACGAAAGAUUUACCGAUUAACAGUGCAACAGCUGGCCGAUAUCAGGUCACCAUGAACAUAUCCAAAAACGAAGGAGGCAACUGUUUAAGUGACAAGAGGUUUAUCGCAUGCCUUAAACUUGAUUUUAUUAUCGAGUCGUUGUGAACAAUUGUGCUAAAUUAAAGUAUAA